AUGGUGUUUUGGAUAAUUUCACUUUUGCCAGAAGAGUGGAAACCAGGAGAAACCUUGUAUGGCUGUCCUUGGCAAGCAGUCGUCAUCACUGCUUUAGUUGGAGUGAUAACCAUUGCUCUCUUCUUUUGGAGGACAGUGUUUGAGGUAAAGAAGAAAGAAUACCUUGUGGAUGAAAAAAGGUUCACAGAGCAAUUGCAGGCCCUUGUGAAAGAGAAGAACGAUGCUCUCACAAAGAUGUCUGAACUCCAGAAGCAGACUGAGCAACUCAAGGAAAACCAAAAGCAAUCAAAGGAGACGGUUAGUAGUUCAGUGAAAAGGAUGCAAGACCUGGAGAGUAAAGUUUUGGAGGCACAAUCACGCAAUGAGCAGAUCGCUGAGGAAAAGAACACAUUUGCAAUAUUACUUGAAGAAGAGCGGGCAAACUCAAUGCAAUAUGAAACCAGGAUUGAGAAACUGGAAAAGGCAAACGAGAAGCUACAGCUCAGCAGGAAAAAGAUUCAGGAUGCACUCACUAAGACUACUGCUCUCCUGGAUGAGGCCAAGAUUCGUGAAGACGCCCGAAAUGUUCAGCGCAAAUGUCUUGAAAAAGAAUACUCAGCACUAAAAGACGAGAGCAAGACGCUUAAAGUAACUAUUAAGGACUGGGAGGACAAACACAAGGAGCUGAGCGAGCAGAUUAAAAGCUAUCAUAAGUCUCAGAAAGAUCUGGAGGAUUCGUUGGUGCUCAAAGAUCACAAUGUAGAGGUGCUGUCUGAACUUCUGGCAGACUUGGAUGCUUGUGAUCCACAAAAAGGUGACAACAAACUUUUAACCAAUGGAGCAGCAGAUAAGAAAACAGCCAUAAAGAACAGGAUUAAACAGAUGAUGGAUGUUUCUCGGGUCCAGACCACUCUUGCAGUCGUUGAAGAGGAGCGUGAUCGCUUCAUGUCUAAACUCCUGAAUGAAGAAAAGUCUAGAAAGGGAUUAGAAGAGCAACACCAGGAGCUGGAACACGCCAUUGCAACUUUAAAAAGCGAGAAGAGCCACGUGGAGAACCAGUUCAAAAUCCUGCAGCAGAAAAAUGAAAUCAUGGUUGAAAUGUACCAUCAAAAGGAAAAUGCUCUCCAACAGAGACUAACCAAGGAGGAGCUGGAGCGACGCAGCAAAGAGAAUAUGCUGUCUGAGGUGGGAGGAAAAGCUCUGGAAGCAGAGGAGCAGGUCAAAGUUUUAAGGCAGCGCAUCAGUGAAAUGGAGGAGCAGAUGAAGAAGACUGAGGAAGUUUACAAAGAGCAGAUAAAGGAGCAAGAAAACAAAACUCACUCAAACUGGGUGACCGCUCGCAACGCAGAGAGAGCGUUGAAUCAAGAGAAACUGGAAUCGUCCAAGCUCCAUGAGAAGCUCACUGUGCUAUCCUCGCAGCUGAAUGAUCGGCGCUCUUCUCUCUUCAGACCGAACUCUGGACAACCUGCAGGUCCUCGCCAAGGUGAUUCAUAUGGGCCUUCACCUGUCAGUGGGGGAGCACCUUCCCCUCCAAUAAUGAUCGAGGGCCCUAGGCGCCCUCCGUCGGCUCCUGUGGGGCGAAGAAUUGACCCGUAUGGGCCUCGACCACCGUCAGAGCCCCACGGUCGCUACGCCGAGAAUAAACACAUCCCUGGGAUGGACAUGAUGGGUCCUCGCAGCUCGUCACCCGCCAACAUGGACACAUCUACACAAGAAGUAGAUCCACAGGUUAAAGCAGAGGCUCAGGCUGAGGCCUCCACAGAGAGUCCAGAGCCAGGACCUGGAUCCUUCAUAGUGUCUCCAAUCCGGGACUCGUCCGCCUCCAAGCUCCCGGUACCACCACAUGACCCACUACUCCCUCCUGGACGUCUACCACCACCCGGACCUUACAGACCUCCACGGCCUGGUCCCUACCACCUGCCACCUGGUCCUCCGCCCCCAAACCUACCUCCUCUUCCAUUACCAGUUAACGGACAUCCAGGAAUGCCUCUGCCUGGACCAAUGGGAGGAGACUUUGGGCCUCGACCUGCAAAUGGACAUGCAUUCCCGCCCAGACUCGGCCCUGGCCAUGUUAUGGAUCCCCGAGGUCCACCUCCACCAAAUUUCCGUCCCCCUCCGUCUCAUCUUUAUAGACCGAUGCCUCCACCACACGGUCUCCGUGGGCCUGUUGGACCACGUCCUCCCAUCCCUCCUGACAUGCGCUUCCCACGUGACCACGCCUUCCCACCAAUGGACCUGCCCCCAGGUGUCCAUCCCCUACCGGCAUAUGCUGGCGACGCUUAUGGUCAAGUCCCGCCCAAUGUCCUCCAGAACUCAGCAGGCACUCACAGCAGCUCCGGCCAGGACCUGCAUGUGAAGCAGGAGGCUCCUCAGGACUCAGCAAGACCAGCCACGGUCCAGCCUUAAAAAUAAACGUCACCAGCUCCAGCAGAGGACUCGACCAUUACGCCCC